UCUUGGCCAGAGAAUCUCUCCAGCUUUCUCUGUGUUGCUUCUCGCGUGAGUUUGCAGAGCACAACUUUUCUAAUUUUUGUCCUCUCUUUUCUUUCGGUUUCCAAUUUUUCGCAUGUGGACUCCUCUUUGCAUAAGCAGCACAACCCACGGCAGCCUCCUCUCUGCAUAAGCAGCCCAACCCACGGCGGACUCCUCUUCUGAAGUUGAUGAGAAAUGCUUCAAGUGCUCAAGUGAUUGUGAACAAUCGAAGGAAGUUCCACAUUCGGUACCAAUUUCGCCGAUACUAUCAAAGUAAGGCCAUUUAUCGCCUUCACCAGAGAGGAAACAGACGGGGAAACAAAAGUCCUUCAUCUGUGUUUGGAGCUCUGCCGGCAGUGUCCUUCAUCUCCUCCUCAGACUCGAACUCAGUCAGGAUGCUUAGGAGAAACCCAGAUGAGAGGCCAUUAUAUUGGAGUCCCGCUGCAGAGGCGUUUCUACUUGAGCGACUAUACGAAUACAAUGAUAUAAACCACGGAAAGGUACCAGAUUCUCGUGACUACAAUCAAUGGGCUGCUUGGAUGGCCACUUUUUUCGAUGGAUAUGUACCCGGCGGCGAGCGGCUGAGGGAGAAACGCCGCCGACUUGGCAACCUUUAUUCAGCGUAUAAGACGCUGCAAGACCAUACAGGUGUGGGGUGGGAUCCUAUCAAUAAAAUUUUCACAUGCUCGGAGGAACUUCAGACAUCUCUUUGCAAGAGACAUCGUGAAGCGAAAACAUUGUUCACGCACGGUUUGAAGCUUAAUGAGACGUACUUGGCCGCCGUUUUCCCUUCAAGAGUUAUGGCGUCUGGUUCAGGGGCAUAUCACCCUGCCGCCCAAGCAGUGCUAAUAGAUGAUGAUGCUGCUGAGGAUGAACAACCACAACCUCACCAAGAUGCUCCUUACCAAGACAGUGACGAUGAGGAGAUGCGUACUGAGCUUCGCAACCGCGUGGAAAGUUAUGGAAGGCGGAUGACAUCCAAUGUCGCAUCAACAUCAAGGGUGAUAAGAAAGAAAAAGACAAGGGCAUGCAAAUCCAAUGACAGUUCAAGGGAAGAGUUGCUUAAUUUGGUUAAGGAAAUGCGCGAUGAUUUCCAAGAGGACAUGCGUUCAAGCAAAGAGAGCUUGCCGAGUAACAACACUGUCGACGGACCAAGUGAGAUGGAUGCCAGCAUGGCAUCACUCUCAGAAAUGGGAGUUGACCCGCGUACGUAUGCCCAUGCAUUUGAAAAAAUAAUGGCGUCCCCCACGUGGCGAUCAGCUUGGCAUAAACUGAAUGAACCCGUUAGGAGGGCCUUCUUAAACGACUUUGUUGAUGUGCCAAAAACCCCCUUCAUUUCUCAUGUGCCUAAUCCAUAUACCCAGCCCCCUCAUAACUUCUCCCCCGGGCCAAAUCCAUACAACCAGCCUCCUCCGUCCUUCCACCAGCCGCCACAGUCCUUCCACCAGCCUCCACAAUCCUUCCACCGGCCACCUAACCCAUUCCACAAGCCUCCACCACCCUUCAAUCCAUCUAGCCCUUAAAUGUCUGGUGCGAUGUUUCUAUCUACAUAGGUAACCUACAUUAAAUGGUCGAUUCUCCCUUGAUAUUAGACCACGGAUUAGUGUAUGAGACUAUAUUCUAUACCGGAUUACUAUUGUAUGAGACUGUAUUCUAUACCGGUUUACGAGACAUUCAUGUGUUUCUUUGUUGUAUGAGACUGUAUUCUAUAAUGUUGUAUGUAGCUGUAUUGCAGACUUAUGUACCUGUUUUCCCAUCACGUUAGUGUGUGGACUUCCUACU